AUGUCCGCCAUGUUGUCCAUGGCGCACUGAACCAACGGUAGGGAGCGGAGCGUCGGAAAAAAACAGUCCGAGAGAGAGCGACCAAGAUCCGGGCCCUUCCCCCGGCUCCGUUGGCGACGCCCUAAAUACAAGCUUUACAACGUUAGAGUAGAGAAAACCGCACAGAAACAUCCAUGAAAGCGCCACUCGGUACCGUUGUGAAUAUCAGGAGAUCCGAUAGAUUUAUAUUGCAUCUCGAGUUGUGAAAAAAUGAGUAAAUUGUCGUUUCGGGCGCGAGCUCUGGACGCUACCAAGCCGCUGCCCGUUUUCCGUUGCGAGGAUUUACCCGACCUGCACGAGUAUGCCUCCAUUAACCGGGCCGUGCCGCAGAUGCCUACGGGGAUGGAGAAAGAAGAGGAAUCGGAACACCAUCUCCAGCGGGCCAUCUCGGCGCAGCAGGUUUACGGCGAGAAGCGGGACAACAUGGUCAUCCCGGUGCCCGAGGCGGAGAGCAACAUCACCUACUACGAAUCCCUCUACCCCGGGGAGUUCAAGAUGCCAAAGCAGCUAAUUCACAUACAGCCUUUCAGCUUGGACGCAGAGCAGCCCGACUACGACUUGGACUCGGAAGACGAUGCGUUUGUCAACAAGCUGAAGAAGAAGAUGGAGAUCAGCUUCUUACAGUUUGAGGAGAUGAUCGACCGGCUGGAGAAAGGCAGUGGACAGCAGGCGGUGAGUCUUCCGGAGGCCAAGCUGCUGCUGAAGGAGGACGACGAGCUCAUCAAGGAGGUCUUCGACUACUGGAGCCGCAAGAGGAAAAACAGCAGGGCCAACUGCCUCAUUCCCAACGUCAAGCAGGAGAGACGGGACGGCUCCAGCACCAGCGAUCCUUACGUGGCCUUCCGGCGGCGCACCGAGAAGAUGCAAACCAGGAAGAACCGUAAGAACGACGAGGCGUCCUACGAGAAGAUGCUGAAGCUGCGCAGGGAUCUCAGCCGAGCCGUCACCAUCCUGGAGAUGAUCAAGAGGAGGGAGAAGAGCAAGAGAGAGCUGCUGCACCUCACACUGGAGAUCUUUGAGAAGAGGAACGUCAUGUCGGACUACAGUGGGGAGGUGAUGGCGGAGGUGUUGGCAGAGCGGGCGCUGGUGAGGCCGCAGAUCAUUCCCCUGGUCCCAGUCACAAACCAGUACCGACACCAGGACCACAUGGACCUCAAGGACUACAAGUCAAAGCCCGAGAAGGCGGAAGUCCCCCGACAGAAGAGGAAAUACGAGAAGAAGCAGAAGGUGUUGCCUCUGUCGUCGGGCGCCCCCCACCAUCCGGGUCCUGUUGUUUUCAACGCCAAGGACCUCAACCAGUACGACUUCCCCAGCUCAGACGACGAGCCCUACUCCCAGCUGCACUCAGGCUCCUCAGAAGCGGAGGAGGAGAACGACCCAGACGGUGCCUACGCCUUUCGCAGGAAGGCCGGCUGCCAGUACUACGCUGUUCGUCAGGACCGUGUGGGGAGCUGGCCUUGGUGCGGACCCUGGGACGGCGGUUUGGCAGAAGCUCGCUUUCGCUACAGUCUCACCACGCUCACCAUGCCGCGGCGCUGCCUCGGCAUGGCCCGGCGACGCGUGGGGCGAGGCGGCAGGGUGUUGCUGGACAGAGCGCACACAGACUACGACAACGUUUUCCACGACCUGGAUGCAGAAAAGCUCGACGUGUCUCCUCCUCCAUCACAACCUCCUCCGGCUUCUUCACGCUCGCCGGCCGCCGACAAGUUUGCCAGUACCUCAGAAACAAAUACCUCGGACAGAAGUUCCUCCUCCCCCUCUUCCACGGACCUCAGUCAGAUACUGUUGAAUAUAAGGUCGUGCCGAUGGAGGCACUUUAGGCCACGGACACUACCACUACAUGAGCUGGACAAUGCCCACCCACUAUUCAGGAAGCUGAGUCGAAGCCUGAAGCGACCUGCCUCCUCCCCCACAGCCGCAGGACAGCCGUUUGGCUCGCUGCGCCCGGGGAGGGUCGUCCCUGCACCCCCACCCACCGCUGCUUUCACAGCCGAACAGUACCAGCAGCAUCUGGAGCAGCUGGCCCUGAUGCAGAAGCUGCAGUUGGAGCAGGUCCAGCUGCAGCAGAAAGCCAACAGCACCGCCACUACAAAUAGCACAAAGGGCCUGUCGAAUACGUUGGACCAGGCCAGCGCUCAGUUCGCCGCCUCGGCUGUCGUCAACGCCGACAAACUGCUGGCUCUGAAAACCAAGGAGGACCUCGCCCUGGGAGGAGCAGUCAAUGGCGUCCUCUCCCCCUCAGGUGUCUACAAGGGCUUGCACCUCUCGAGCACAGCGUCCCCUUCCCCCGCCGCCCCGGCUCCCCCAUCCUCUUCCCCUACACCCGGACUGCUCCACCCCUGCACCCCCUCUGCCACCAGUAACAACAACGGCACCACCCACCACGCCAACGCCACUAACGCCGCCUCCACUCAGGUCCUGCAGGGAAACCACAGCCUCCGCCUGGGGGUUCCCACCGGCAAGCGCAUCCACGCCCCCCGGACGCUGAGCGCCACCAUGUCGACAUCUGCCUUAAAGCUCGCCGCCGCCAACUGUCAGAAACCCAAGGUCACCGCGACCUCCGCUUCGCCGCUGGACAUAGUGCCCAGGGAGAAUCACGAACAAGAGAAGCCAGCACUGAACAGUCUGUCAGAGAACACAGUGGCUAUGGAGGUCACGUAGCCUCCCGUACGCAGCGGCGGGGGGGGGGGGAGGGAAGCAGCAGCAGCAGCAGCAGCAGCAGGAGGAGAGGAACUCUUUUUUUUGUUUCUUAGGUGCUAUGCAUCGAUCGUUGGUGGUGGCGGAAUGAGCAAGGCUGGGUUUCCACGGCAACUGUUUUGGGACUUAAUUGCAAUGCUCGUGUCGUACAAAUCUUCUUUUUUGUCCCCCCCCCCCCCCCUCAUUUCCCCAAUUUGUUACUGUUAAUAAGAGAUCAUCUGUAAAUUCUUAAUAUGACAAUUAUAUGUACAGUACUGCAUAUUUGUAAUACCCCACUCCCACCCCCCCACCCCCACCCCCUUGUAUAUAACAUUACUUGAAUACAGAAAUUGUUCAUUUGUGAUGUUUUGCACUCGAGAUAUAAAAAAGAAAAUCAAAUUAAAACAAAAGAACGACAAACUGCAGCGAGAGAGAGCCGUCAUCGCCUGCAUGGUGCGGAGCCUGCUGUUCCAUCUAUUUAUUGUGCCGUGUUUACAGACCUUUAUUUUCCCGUUCAUGUUUUUCAUUUUGAAUCCGUUUACCCCCAAACUUAAAACCAUUUUUAUUUUUUACACACUGUACCCCUUACCGCUUCCCACCCCCCACCCCCGUGCUGUAGUCAGUGUCUAGCUAGAUUUAAAAAACAAACGUAACAAAAAAAAACUGUAUCAUUUUUGGGUGUUGUGAACGUGGCCGGGAGCUCGUCCGCUCCACGAUGUCCCCGUCACGUUGCAUUCAGGCGCAGGGCCGAAGAAGAACACCCCGACGGGUGUGUUUGUCGUAGCCAUCGGUUUGUCAGUUUCCACAACGAUCUUCCAUACAUAUAAUAUUCCUGAGACAAGUAACAAAACAAUGGGGGUGAUGAAUCUUUCCCAGAAGACUUUGCCGCUUCUGAUUUAUCUAAGCACUAUAUCAUUUGUUUGUUUGUUUAUUUUUUAAAUGCUGCUUUGUGUAUGAUUUCCACCCUCUGGUUUGCACCGAAUGGUUUUACUUUCAAAGAUAAUCCCCCACCUUCCCCUUUUUAUUAUUUUUUUAAGAAUAAAUAUUUUUGUACCUUCCCCUCCAACACUUAUUUUUCAUUUCCCUCACUUCAUUAUUUUGUUACUUGUUGAUGAAAAAAAUAAGGGAGUAAAAAAAAAAUGCAGUAUCUGACAUUAUCAUUCCAGCUUCUUCAUUAAAAAAUGAUGUAUGACUUGAAAAUAAAAAGAAAAAAAGCUGUUUUUCUCUACUUUUAAAACACUCUCCUGAAGGCUGAAAGGCCAUGAACCACACGUCAUCGGGUGCCUUCAUUUGGGAAAUAAAAAAAAAAGGAAAAACCUUAAAAAAAAAGUCUCUUCUGUGAAGAGUUCGGUACUGAACAAGGCUACCUGUAGUUUCUCUUUGUCCGUACCACAAUCCCAACGACCAUCCCACUGGCCCACUUAAUUCAUGAGUUUUGGUUUUGUUUUUGUAGACCCUUUGACACGCACGCACACACACACACACACACACACACACACAGGAAAGACUAAAACAAUCCUCUUGAAUUGUCACAAAAUGAAAUAAAAAUCCAGGGCAUUAUGUGUUUGAUCAACCGGUCUCGUUAUUUUGUCUAUUUUUAAAAGAAAAAAACCGCAAUUAUUUUGUUCAGUCCCGUUGACUUACAUCCAAUCUCUUCUUUAUUGCUGAAUGUAGGGUGAGAAUUUGUUCAGUUGCAAAAUAAACAUUGCAUUUUAACGUU